AUGGAAGUGACAGUGUGCUGGUUCCAGGCACAGGCUUUAAGGGCUUCAUGCUUCUGCGUCACUGUUAAAAAGUACCACCCCACCGCUGGCAAGCUGCGCCAGCUAGUGGGCGGAUCAGGCGGGCCCGCGAAUGAGGACGCGUACGCGGGGUGGGGUGAUCAAGUAUGCAGACGCGUACACAGCGUGAGCCGGGUGCGGGAACGGGCUGUUUUCGGAGCAAUCGGUGGAGUCGUGGCCGUGGCGGCGGUGCCCUUGGCCCUCGGUGCCUUGGGCUUCACCGGGGCUGGCAUUGCGGCCUCCUCCGUAGCCGCUAAGAUGAUGUCUGCAGCCGCAGUAGCCAACGGUGGUGGAGUUGCCGCUGGCAGUCUGGUGGCUACUUUGCAGUCUGUGGGGGCAGCUGGACUCUCCACAUCUUCCAACAUUCUCCUGGGCACCACUGGAUCAGCUUUGGGGGCCCUUAUGGGGGGUUCAACAAAGAAGCCCCCACACACAACUAAACCGUCAUCUGGAGAUGAGGACUCAGCUGAAGAAGCUGAGGAAGGGGACCUGGCUGAAGAAGCAGAAAAUGUGCCCAAAGUUAAACCUCCCAACCCCCUGCUCAGAUCCAAGAAGCAUGAGAAAUAA